UGAGAGAACCUGUCCUGAUUACUGAUUAGUGAUUACAUGAUUCGUGAAUCGUGAAUCGAGGUGUUUUAUCUCAAACUCAAACCUGUUUUAGCUUGAGAUUAAAACUGAGCAAGUUUUAUUUACUUAUCAUCCGUCGUCUGCCAAGUCAGAAUUUUUUACGUCUGUUUGCUUUAUAAAAGUCAUUAAAGUUAAAAUUUUAUUGUUUAAUAAGUUAGUGGAACUAUAUAUUAUAAAUAUAAAAUAAUAUGUUAUCUGAAACGGACGUUACAUGAUUUGAGUACGACAUUUGUCUAGGUAUUGUAAAGUUUGGUUAUGUUUUUAUAAUAUGUUUUGUUACAUUAGCUCAUCACUGAGAUAAAGUAUGGCAGGAAAAGGUAGAAACGCGGUUAGAAUAGAAACCGAAAUAGAAAAAAGCAGAGAAGAAUCUAACUGGAAGAGAGUUAUUGAACUUGCUGAUCAACUGAAAACCAGGAAUGCAGCUCAAGCUCCAUUAUGCAGUUUCCUGCUCGGCGAAGGAAAGUUGGAGAUGUUUCUGGAAGAGUGGCCUCCUGUAGAUUCCAACUUCUCCAAAGCACGUUCAGGUUUGGGAGAGGCAAAACGAUGCUUGCUGAACGCUGCCAGUGAACAAGGGAAGAAAGCAGGAGUAGCUCUGGAUGCCCAUCUGCUUCUAGGCAAACUCCACUAUGCCAUGGGCUUCUUUGAGGAAUCUCUGAAUCAUUACAAUGAGGCAGACCUCCAGUCCCUCACAGAGAAAGCUUUGCCGAGCCGCAGUCUGCGAAUUGUGGCUGAGUCGUAUGCCAUUAAAGGUCUAUGUCUGGAGAAGGUCCCUCCGUCCUCGACCAGCAAGUACAAACAGGUAGAAUGGGAGGAACAGAUGGGGCGGUGCUACGAGCUGGCUGGUGAUCUUACACUACUUUAUCUUCAGGAGCAGGACAAGAUGCAGCAGCAGAUAGUGACCACGGGAACCUUUAACACUGGAACAGGCACAGGUGGAUCACACUCUCCCCAGCCUCAGGACUCUACCCGGACAAUGGGCCCGAUCCUCGAGACAGCCAUUCAGAGAGCACCUCUCCUGUAUAUACAGACUGGCAAAAUACCACAGGCAGUUACUCGAUACAGGAACAUGCUGUGUGCCGUAGAGUCGAGUGGUACGCACGGUCUACGCCUGACAUUGACCAGACAGCUUGCUGAGGUCCUGUUAAGAGGUUACACCGGAACACGUUAUACGCCACCUGGGACAACCUCCAAGAAGACGAAUGCUGUGAGUGCGUGGAAGCCUCGUCUCUACACUGGCAUCAACUUGUUCAUCCCUCGCAAUGAAUACGAGGAAGUGAUUUUGUUGCUGUUGAUCAGCGAGGCCAUGGCAGUCAGGGAAGCUGUGCUUAGUCAAUCCCCAGAAUUCAAGGAGGUGAGGAUACGGGCUCUCAGCAACGCCAUGGUGAUCUACGAUCUGUUAACCAUAGCCUUGGUGCGCUGGGGCCAGGUCUCUCUACUGUAUGAGUGCCUGGAAAGGGCCAUGAAGUUCUCAUACGAGGAGGCCCACAUCUGGUUACAACAGGCUCUGUGUCUGGAGUCCAUGGGUCACCACGUUCAUGCUCUGGCAGUGCUCAAGGAAGUGGUGAGACUGCUGCCUACCAAAGUCAUGCCUUGUCUCAUUGCCGCUCGCAUCUGCUACCAGCACCUUAACCAGAUCUCAGAAGGUAUGCAGUGGAGUAUGAAAGCACUGGCCCGUCAGACAUCCCACCCCCAGAAUCUGCUGUCUCGAUGCCACCUGUACAUCGGUAUCGGAGCCCACUACGGUGCUGUCAUCUCCCACCUCAAGCAGGAGAAGCAGAGACUGCACUCUCUGGCGGCUGAAUCUUUCCUCAAGUCGCAGCAAAACGAUCCUAACGACCACCUGGUGGAGUAUUACUUGGGUCUGCAAUGUGCGUCGCGUGCACAGGUCUCCGAGGCCAUUGCACACACCAAGGCUGCUCUGAAGUUGUGUCCCGAACAUGCACCCUCACUGCACCUCAUGGUGUUGUUGCUGACCGCCCAGAAGCAGUUGACCGAGGCCCACACACUACUUGACACGGCCCUGCAGGAUUUCCCUGAUAAUCUCAACCUGCUCUACAUCAAGACCCACCUGCAGCUGCAGACUCAUGGCCCUGAGGUGGCACUGGCCACAGCCAAGCAGAUGUUGUCGCUGUGGAAGAUUCUGUACGAAGAGCAGGUGCAGCAAGUACAGGGCGAACAAUCAGACACUCGCAGUUUCUUCCAGCUCUACACCUCUGAGAUGUCCGACAAGGAUUCAUCAUCACUGCACGCUCAUUCACUAGCCGCAUCUCGUGUGGAGCAAGCACUGUCAGAGGUAGCAUCGUCCAUAUCCUCGUUCACACCACGGCCCGGACCUCAGCGUGCCUGGCUGCUACAACUCCAGGUCUGGUUACUGGUCGCUGAGAUCUACCUGGCACUAGACCAGGUGUCCGCAGCCGCAGCCAGCAUACAGGAGGCCACCUCCAUCUUCCCCCUCUCCCACCACAUCAUGUACACGGUCAGGGUUUUGGUUCAUGAGCACAAACACGAGUUUAUGGAAGCGAAGCAGUGUUACCAAAAUGCUGUUGCCAUCAACCCGUCCCACAUCAAGAGUCUACAACAUUUAGGGCUGAUGUACCAUUACUUGGGAAGUCACAGACUGGCUGAGAAGACCUUGAGAGAUGCUGCCAAGAUAGACCCUCACGCCCCCACCACGUGGUGA